GAAAUGACAACUAUGACAUCUUGAAUAUGUUUUCUCUCCCUCUCUCACUUGAGCAAUACAAGGGUUAAGAAAGGGAGAGAAAUCAUUUGAUCUGGAGAUGACGGUUACGGUUGUUGUGUUGUCAGGAAAACGUCAUUUGUGAGCGUCAUAGACGCGUGAAGGAACGUGAAUAUACGUGAGUUGUUCAUGGCUGAAAUGAACGUCUGGCUAUAUUCUGCAGUUUUAUCAGUCUCACUUAUUUGGAAAAUUGCAUUAUUGCAAACAAGGAAAGAAGGAACUGCUCCCUGUUGAGUAUCUAUUAUCCAAGUGUGUGCAUUUUGUGUGACUGUAAAUGGAUUGCCGCGUCACUGACUCAAAUAGUGCAUCUUUUUGACACUUUUUUCUACAAACAAUAAUCAAAAUUACCCAUUUGUGUUUGUGUGAUUUUAAAAUGUACAAAUAGUGUUAUGGCAAUGAAGUUCAGCAAUCAAGAUAAGAAAGAUCUGGACAAAUUUAUCAAAUUUUUGGCUCAGAAGUCUGUCCAAUUAAUAGUGCAAUCCAGGCUUGGAGAGAAGGUGUCCACACCAUGCAAGCCGCAUUCCACAGGGACUGAUUGGAAAGUUGACGGGUGAGACGUACUUGGACAUAGAAAAUGCAAUAGAACCACACUACCGAAGUAAUGGAAUCAAGACAUGUUUGAAAAUAUGAGAAAUAGAUUGGAACAAAAUCUUUAUUAUUGCAUGGAGUUCAACUUGAACAUAAUCGAUCUGCCAGACGUGUUGUUCGAAACGAAGCGAGUCCUGAACGGUGAAGUACUCUCCACAUGCCUGCCGCUUUGCGUCGAGAUCAGCUUACGUACCGCUGAAGGGGACCAAAUGGUGCUGGAGACCUGGAGUUUCGGCAUUCUGCCUGAACGGUGCGACUGGUCGCCCAGGAUCGUAAACACCGUCUACAAUAGGAUGACCAUAAUGCUCAAGUCGCUGGCCUCAGUCACCAGGGUGUUGCCUGCGUACAAGCUGUCCAGGAAACAGGGCGAAGACACGUUCGUGAUCUGCUACCGGAUCUAUAUGGAUGAACCCCAAAUACACUGCCUCGGUGAAGGGUACAAAUGCGUACGCGUAGCGCAGCUAUACACCCCAGUCGGCUUGUUGAUGCUCUCCGUUGCUUAUCGUACGAAAAUGACCAUUUCACCGACGCACACAGACCGGGACUCGAUCAUGCUCAAGAGCGACCACUUCAACACCAACCUCAGCCCAAAAAAUGGACGAUACGAUGACACGCGUGGCCCCGACAACACAGUUCCAUCGACCCUAUCUGUCGCCAAGGAAGGACAACUCGCCUGUCGCAACGUCACCAAGCUUGGCCCCGACAACCCAGUUCCAUCGACUCCAUCUCUCGCCAAGGAAGGACAUCUCCCCUGUCGUUACGACACCAAUGAAGACAAAAUCACGUCGCUGAGCGAUACGAUGAAAAAAAUCGGCGCGUUCGCCGAUUGCAAAAAGAAAGACUUCGAAUCAGAACUGAUCAUCCCCAAUGCCCCCUUCAGUCGAUUGUUUACUGUUAGCAAAGCAUCGCCGAAAAGCGUUGAGGAGAACGAUCUAAUGGAGAAUGCCAUCAAUGACUGUCGAACGACAGUCGAUUCCGUGGAGGAAACGAAAGAAUCAGAAAGGCUAACAGAAGAACCUGAAAUCGAACCGAAAACAGUGAGUAAUGGAAACUCAAAACAGGAGAGAGGCUCAAAACUGGAAGCAUUGACGAUGGUCUCCACAAACGACGACUUCAUUAUGGUAGACUUGCGCACUCCCUUUGGCAGCGUAACCGAGAACAGCGAAUUAGGUCGGUUUUACCGCGAGUGGCAAGCUGCGCCCCCCUUGCAAGCCUUCAUCGACCUCCCACCUCUUGAAGAGGUUGACGUCUCUAAACAGUUGGAGAAUUUCGAGACAGAGGCGAACGAAUACAACACCGUCUUACAGUCAUUAUGUCAGUCGCCGAACAACAACUGAAUUAUCGCGUUUUUAUUUUUAGGUAUUUAUUUUUUCAUCCUUGUUUGUAUAUUUGCUUCCGUGGUAUUUUUUUCACGUUGCGGACACUGUGUCAAAACGGAUUUGUGUGAUUACGGUUUUUCCGAAAGCUGCAUAUCUUAAUUGUUUUGGAAAUAUAAUGCAUUGCUUUUGGGUUUUAAGGAUAUAAUACACGAUCAGGCUGGUUAACUUAUACCCAGAUGAUAUAUACAAUACUGAAAGAUACGCAGGACGUAUCGUAUGCGUUUAUUAUAAAUGUAAUUUAAAAAAAAUCCAGUGAUGCUAGAUUGUAAGGUGUUGAAUGUUUCUUUAAAAAAAUAUAAAUAUUGUAUGUAUUUAGCAAUGGAAGCACUUACAACUCUACACUGCAAAGCAAAUGAUGCUUAAUUGCUACCAAAGGUCGUGACACGCUGGAUUAACAAAUUCCUUGAAACUUGCUUUAUGAAUCAACAAAAGUAUUUAUUUCAUGACCGCAUAACCCAUCUAUAUUUGAUUAAAACGCGUAUCGAACAGCAAAGUUGGAACUGUUUCGGAAACAAAUCGCAUAAAAUGGUCUACACUGUUUUAACAAAAAGUGUUUCGUACACUUUUGGUGGUCAAUAUGUAUUAAAUAAAGCAUUAUAAGAUGUAUAAGUAAUGGAAGUAUUUUUUUGUAUGAAUUUUAAGGGUUACGUUCUCCAGCUAAGCCAUGUUCAAAUCUCAUUUGAAUAUAUUUGUGGAGUUUUACAUGAGAUUUGUUUCACCACUGUGUCAGGCACAAAAUGGAGCAUACUUAAUUUUUUUGGAGAUAUUUAAAAAAAAAAUCACAGGUUAGGUAUCUGCUCUGAUUAUAAAAAAGCGUUUAAUGUGAAAUCGCUUGUUAUUUCAACUAUGUAUUUCAAAAAGCUUAUAAAUAUACCUUUGAAUAUGGUAUUUUUCAAAAUUUCGAAAUCGCAAAUGAAAUAGAGAUAUGCGGAUGAUUCUGGCAAAACUGUUUGAACUUCUCCAUUGAUUUUUGUCCUAAAAUACAAAUGAGAUGAUAAUUUUAGGUUAUCCGUUAUGGCAUGGUUUCCAUAAAUUAAUCAUGAAUAUUUUGUAAUAAUUGCGCAAUGAAACAUUUGAUCACUUUACGUCUUUUCUCCUAUUGGAACUACCAUCUUCAUGUUUAAUGAGGAUGAUCAAAUUUUAAAUCAUUCAUUUUCUCGUAUGUUUUUAUUUAUACAUUUUGUGAUAUAAUUAAUUAGCAAAUUUUGUACAAGUUGUAUUGUUAAUAAAAAACAUAAUUCAAAGAAUUUUAGCAAACAUAUUUUUUGUUAUUAAACUAAUUUGAUGUUGCGACUUGAAUGAAAAGCUUCUUACGAAGGUAAGACUUCAAAAAAUCUUUCUUGAGUUUAGCUACUUACUGCAUUUUUGUAGUUUUAGUUUCCAAAUUUACGUAGACAGAGUAUUUUCAACAUUUCCCACUUAGCUCUCAAAUUUUUUGACAACUUGGAUUCGAUGAUAAAAAAACAUUUAUAAUAAAAGACCGUGAAUCUAGAACUACUUACCAUAGAGCAGGUCGUAGAGUAGAUAAAAUUUUGUAUGUAUCUCGGGCUUAAUAAUGGGUCAAAAACGUCUACUUAACGCUUGAGGUACAUAAAUGGCAUUGUAUGUUUUUUCGCUCUCUGUCUGCUAGUUAUUCGAACUAUGUCUAAUAAAAUAUUUUUGUCACAUUGGAAUAGAGGUAAAGGUAAACGAUCUGUUGGGACAUUUUAAUAAAUGUAGAAAAUCGGUUUAAUAAUGACAUAUCACAAGCUAUUGAAUUGUUAAAUUAUUGUCAUAUGAAGUUUAAAUUAUUUAUUUGAUGUUGCGAAAUGUCCUAUUUCAUAAUAUAUUCAUUGCCAAAGACUGAAUGAUGACUGUAAUAUAGCUUGUAUAUAAUCUAUUAUUAAUGGAAUUUAUAAAUAGAGUACUACUGAUAGUACUUCUGUUUGAGAUUUGUUUAAUACAAAUAGUAAAUAAAAUGUAUUUAAGUCGCUAAUA